UGUGUGUGUGUCUGUGUGUGUGUGUGUCUGUGUGUCAGUAUAUAAAUCGACGUACGUCAGGAUCCCUCGCGUGAACAACCCCGCACCGUCAGCUCCUGCGGCUGAGACGGAGGUCUCGAGGAGUGAAAUUCUUCCUGCGCUGCUCUCGUAGCAAGGAGGAAGGGGAAAGUGGAAAGACCACAACACAAGAGCUUUAAACCGCACACACACACAAAACACAAUUAGAUAAUACAACACACACACAUACAAUAAUUGGUUUUGUUUCAGAAGAAGAUCGAUGACAAUUCGAAUUUAGAGGGGAAGGAACAAUGCCUCUGCCGGCGGUGGUGGUGGUGGUGGCGGUGUUGGCGCUGCAAAUUGGGAACGGAGCCGGGAGCAGUGUGGGACGUCAGUUCUUCGGCGCAUUUAUGCAGAACUACUUGGAGGGAGUCGACGCACUUGUGGUGGACUUCGCCAGCUACGACAGCAGCGCUCAGGUCACCGUCUCGGUCCCCGCGGUGAACUUCUCGCAGACCGUCCUCCUGCCUCCCUUCUCCAUCGGCAAUGUAUCCAUCCCGGUAACGGCAGAGAUCGCAGAGAACGGCAUCGUCACCAACAAGGUCGUGUCCGUUCGUUCUGACAGUGACAUCUCAGUGUGGGGCAUGUCCAAACGAAUUGCAACAACCGAUGGGUUCAUGAUGAUCCCUGAGCAGGAGCUGGGAACAGAAUAUUACGUAGUCGCUCCUGUGUCUGGUCGGUUAACCCUGAACGAAUUCGCGAUAGUCAGUCCCUACAACAACGUGACGGUGCAGAUGAUUUUGAGCGGAAAUGUGAUUUUCAACGGUGUGACGUACUCCAACGAACUGAACAUCACUCUACAAGAGAACGAGGUCGUGCAGUUCCAAGGAUCAUCUCUGACUGGGACCAGGGUACUCUCGAGUCAACCUGUGGCCGUGUUCAGUGGAGAUCGGUGCAUCGCAGUCCACACAGCCUGCAAUUUUGUGACAGAGCAGCUCUUGCCAGUACCGCAGUGGGGCUCCUCUUACCUGGUCUUCCCUGUGUCCAUCAAGUCAACAGACGACAGCGUCAUCAUCACCUCGCCUACGAGCGCGAGCAUCAGUGUCAAUGUCAGUGUUGGUGGAAAUUUCAUAACCUACACGUUGACCAAUUACGAUCGCAUCAGCGUUCCUGUAUAUGCAAACCAGAUUUUGUCUAUAAACUCAUCUGUGAACGUAGGGGUCAUGUACAUAUGCCAGGGUGGGUCUACAACUCUAGGGGAUUACAUGGAUCCGUUCCAGAUGAGCAUCAUACCAACCAGCAAGUUCUCUAACAAGUACCUGUUUGCAAAUCAACCAGGUUUCACGAACAUUUUAAUCGUGAUCGCCAAGGAUGCAGACAAAUGUGGGAUCAUCAUGAACAACGAGGCACUGUGCGAUAAGAUCCAGUGGGUCCGGACAAACGACCUCCAGUUCGUGGCCGGGGAGUUGAACCUGGGAAGUGUGAAUCAGCAGUUCCUGGUGGAACACGCGACUCAGACGUUUGGGCUCUACCUCUAUGGGGUGGCAUCCUACGACUCAUUUGGCUACGUCCUCAGCUACGGCAACCUAAGAGGGAACGGAGUCGGGAGCAGUGUGGGACGUCAGUUCUUCGGCGCAUUUAUGCAGAACUACUUGGAGGGAGUCGACGCGCUUGUGGUGGACUUUGCCAGCUACGACAGCAGCGCUCAGGUCACCGUCUCGGUCCCCGCGGUGAACUUCUCGCAGGCCGUCCUCCUGCCUCCCUUCUCCAUCGGCAAUGUAUCCAUCCCGGUAACGACAGAGAUCGCGGAGAACGGCAUCGUCACCAACAAGGUCGUGUCCGUUCGUUCCGACAGUGACAUCUCAGUGUGGGGCAUGUCCAAACGAAUUGCAACAACCGAUGGGUUCAUGAUGAUCCCUGAGCAGGAGCUGGGAACAGAAUAUUACGUAGUCGCUCCUGUGUCUGGUCGGUUAACCCUGAACGAAUUCGCGAUAGUCAGUCCCUACAACAACGUGACGGUGCAGAUGAUUUUGAGCGGAAAUGUGAUUUUCAACGGUGUGACGUACUCCAACGAACUGAACAUCACUCUACAAGAGAACGAGGUCGUGCAGUUCCAAGGAUCAUCUCUGACUGGGACCAGGGUACUCUCGAGUCAACCUGUGGCCGUGUUCAGUGGAGAUCGGUGCAUCACAGUCCACACAGCCUGCAAUUUUGUGACAGAGCAGCUCUUGCCAGUACAACAGUGGGGCUCCUCUUACCUGGUCUUCCCUGUGUCCAUCAAGUCAACAGACGACAGCGUCAUCAUCACCUCGCCUACGAGCGCGAGCGUCAGUGUCAAUGUCAGUGUCGGUGGGAAUUUCACAACCUACACGUUGACCAAUUACGAUCGCAUCAGCGUUCCUGUAUAUGCAAACCAGACUUUGUCUAUAAACUCAUCUGUAAAUGUCGGGGUCAUGUACAUAUGCCAGGGUGGGUAUACAACUCUAGGGGAUUACAUGGACCCAUUCCAGAUGAACAUUAUACCGACCAGCAAGUUCUCAAACAAGUACCUGUUUGCGACUCAACCAGGCUUCACGAAUAUUUUAAUCGUGAUCGCCAAGGAUGCAGACAAAUGUGGGAUCAUCAUGAACAACGAGGCACUGUGCGAUAAGAUCCAGUGGGUCCGGACAAACGACCUCCAGUUCGUGGCCGGGGAGUUGAACCUGGGAAGUGUGAAUCAGAAGUUCCGUGUGGAACACGCGACUCAGACGUUUGGGCUCUACCUCUACGGGGUGGCAUUCUACGACUCAUUUGGCUACGUCCUCAGCUACGGCAACCUAAGAGGCGGAGUCUGUCGCAUCAACCCAUCCGGCGCGAGCGGCACCGUCCGCUUCGCCGAUUUGCUCGCGAGGCCCAACGUCGGUGACUGCCUCUGGACCAUAACCGGCGGGCCGGGUACGGCCGUGACCCUUCGCUUCCAGACGUUCAGUCUGCAGGCGGGUGCCGAGGUCGUCUAUGUCUACGAUGGGCCAUCCGCGGACUCGCCGCUCCUGGGGAAGUACGCCGGCGACGGAGUCCCAGCUCCCAUCAUCUCGUCCUCCAACGCCUUGUCCGUGAGGGCCACGUACGACACGCGGGGAAUCGCCGGCAACUUCAGCGCGUUUUACAGGGUGGGGUCACCGUGCAGGGAGACGCUCGUCGGCGGCCAGGGGUCGCUGUCGUCGUCCAACUUCUCCGCGGCCGGCGAGAGGAGCGCCCUGUGCCGGUGGACCGUCCAGGUGGACCCCAGAUACGAGGUCAAGCUGAGGUUCCAGCAAUUCAACUUGUCUUCCGACCCCGACUGCGUGGACGAGUCGCUGACCGUCUACGACGACAACGGCGACUCGCUGGGCGUGUUCUGCGGCGGCGGCGUGAGACCGCCCGGCCUGCGCUCGUCCGCCAACAGACUCCACCUCGUGCUCGACUCUCUGUGGGGGCUUCAAGGGGACGGAGUUGUCGUGAACUUCGAAACGAUGAAUCCCAUUAAGGUCUCGACAAGCUGCGGCAUCGCCAACGCGUCGGUCCUGAGCGCCUGGCCCUGGCAGGUGACCAUCACGAGGCUUGGGGACGACCUGCAGUGCCUCGGCUCCCUGCUGUCCAACUCCUGGGUGGUGACAGCGGCGAGCUGCCUGCUAGAGAGCCCCAACAACUACACCUGGAUCUGCGCCACGGUCUCGGGCGAGCGUCUGGCGGCGACGUCCGUGGCGGUCCACCCCAAGUUCUCCGCGGCGACCGGCGGCGGCCACGACGUCGCUAUGCUGCGGCUGGGCCAGCCGGCCACGUUGGGGCCGGCGGCAGCCCAGGCGGUGUGCCUGCCCAGGCGACACGAGCAGAGCCCCACGCUGGGACGCAGCUGCCAGGCGCUGGGCUUGAGGCGCAGCGACGGCUCUGUGUCGGCCCCCGCCGCUGAGGGCAACGUGCGCGUGGUGAACGAGUCACUGUGCAGGCAGGCAUGGGGCAACUUCACCCGCGCGAUGAUGAUGUGUGCAGCCAAGCGUCAGGGUUGGGCCAGUAGCUGUCAGCUGGGCCAGGGCGGUGGCGUCUUCUGCCUGGGCACGGACAGGAGGUGGUACCUGACAGGCAUCGACAGCCACCGUGCCGACUGUGCAAACGCCACCCAGCCGGCCGCCUACGGGCGCGUGUGGAAAUCCCUCGCCUGGAUCGAGGGGAACCUCCCUUACUGACGACGGCGAAGCGCCUCUGGCUCUGCUCUCAGCCGGAUAACCGGAUAGCUAGCCAGCCAGAUAUCCAGAUAGCAAGUUAACCCAAUAGCCAACUAGCCAGAUAGCUAGCCAGCCAGAUAGCCAGAUAGCCAGCUCGCCAGAUAACCGGCUAGCCAGCCAGCCAGAUAUCCAGAUAGCAAGUUAACCAGAUAGCCAACUAGCCAGAUAGCUAGAAAUCCAGAUAGCCAGAUAGCCAGCCAGCCAGAUAUCCAGAUAGCAAGUUAACCAGAUAGCCAACUAGCCAGAUAGCUAGAAAGCCAGCUAGCCAGAUAACCAUCUAGCCAGCCAGCUAGAUAUGCAGAUAGCAAGUUAACCAGAUAGCUAACUAUCCAGAUAGCUAGCCAGCCAGAUAGCCAGAUAGCCAGCCAGCCAGAUAUCCAGAUAGCAAGUGAACCAGAUAGCCAACUAGCCAGACAGCUAGCCAGCCAGAUAGCCACAUAGCCAGAUAGCCAGCUCGCCAGCCAGCCAGAUAGCUAGCUAGCCAGAGAGCUAGCCAGCCAGAUAGCCAGCUAGCCAGAGAGCCAGAUGACCAGCUAGCCAGCCAGACAGCUAUCCAGAUAGCAAGUUAACCAGAUAACCAACUAGGCAAAUAGCUAGCCAGCCAGAUAGCCAGAUAGCCAGCCAGCAAGACAGCCACAUAACCAGUUAGCCAGCCAGCCAGAUAACCACAUAGCCAGUUAGCCAGCCAGUCAGAUAGCCACAUAGCCAGCUAGCCAGCCAGCCAGAUAGCUAGCUAGCCAGCUAACCAGCUAGCCAGGCAGACAGAUAGCUAGUUAGACAGAUAGCCAGCUAGAUAGACAGCUAGCUAGAUACCCAGCCAGCUAGACACCCAGCCAGCUA